AUGCUUCUUCCCCCGCAGAGGUCAAAAAGGAGUUCCAUACCCAGCACCUUCUCUUCUUCCUCCAAGAGCCAGGUGUUGGCGAGGCGAAACCGUAUGGUUACACGGGCUCUCAUAAAGGGAAGAAGUCCUUUAGGACCGAUCGAUGGGCCCGUUGGUGGCGUAUUGCGGUGCGUUUGCACUGCGUAUCUUGUGUCAACGCAGGAGACGCUGUUGGAGUGCCAUCGUUGCCGGAAUUGGUGUCACCCUGCAUGUGUGGGCGUUGACCAUGCAGAGUUACGGCGGUAUCAGGCGGAGAAUAAUUAUGUGUGCCCUUUCUGCACGGGGCUGCAUAAGCGACUCCGUUCUGAAUCGCAGGCGCCCGCCCCACGACAACUACCAAUACGUCUUCGCGAGGUUCCAGAUCACCUGCCAUUUGGCUCGGUAACGCGACUACGUCAUUUGUUGAAGGUCACGACGCGGGCUGCCCAUGAGGCUGGUUUCUUGGUUAUUGACCUCCCUGUGGUUUUGCUUACAGAUAAAAUGGAAAAGGAGUGUCUUGCGUGUUGCGAAGAUGCCAUUAAAGAAGCCACGUUUUCCGAGCAGUACCCCGCAUACUGCCUUAAGGAGGUGCGGGAACAGGCACAUUCAUAUGUUCAAGGGACGUUGCUUCGAUGUAAGCAAAGCGGGCGUAUUGUCUCCAUGGUUCUAUCCAAUGGAAUGGACGUGUACGGGAACCUACGGCAUACAAUUACACAACUAAAAGGUGGUAUAAACCGAGGGAUUAUUGACAGAAGGCAUCAGACAACGUUCAUGGCAUCCUGCACAAAACUAACCGACAUAUCUGACUUUGUACACAUCACGUUAAGUGCCACACACCGGGAGUACCAGAAAAGAGGACUUGCCCGCAUGCUAAUGGUGUUGGACCUGCUAAAGUGGGCAUUACGAGGUCGUACUCGUGCUUACUUGAAUAUGGCGCUGCAGAAACGAAUUGUCGACAGCGGUACACGUUUGGAGUGCGUGGCGUCGCCGGCAUCUCGACGGUUGUAUGAGUCCUUUGGCUUUAAGGAUGUCUACCCGCGGUUUGAUCGCGAAACGGAUGAAGCGCGUUGGACGCCGAAGGAGGCGGAUAUGGGCCGUGUGAUGGCACAUUUAAGUUUUGUGGAGGAUGUUGUUCAAAUGGCGAUGCGGUACGAUCCGGGAAGCGCCAAAGAAGGUGUUAGUAACGGCAAGGCUGCGGCUUCUACCGCCAAUAUUGGUGGCGGUUUAAUUAGCAAGGCAACUCGCUCACCGUCUCCGCCAGUGGUGAAAAAGCGUCUCUCUUUGCUUGGGAAGAGAAGCUGA